UGAGGCGGCUGUGAGCUGAUCAUAGAAGAGAGAGAAGAAGAAGAAAUUAUUUACCCAGGACCUAGAGGUUGCCAUGUUUUCCCUGUCUGAGCUGGCACCUCUGAACCAGCAUCAGAGUAGGUCUAAACUGUUGAAGCCCUGGUGGGAGGUCUUCAUGGACUACCUGGUGGUCCUGAUGCUGAUGGUGUCUGUCCUGGCUUGUACUGAGCAGCUGUCCAGGGACCGAGUGGUGUGCAUUCCCACGGAUCCACUUGUCACUGCAAAUACCAGCAAUCACAGUACCUCUACUGGCAAUGAAGCACUGACUCCAUCUUCAAAGCCCCCAGCCUAUGUUCCACACAACAUCAGCCCAAGUCUUCACUCGCCUCCCCGCGGUCGACGCACACAUCUGGCCUACCAGCAGUACAUUUACAUUAGCCAGGUGUGCUACCAUGUGGCUUUGCCUUGGUGCUCCCGUUUUUUUCCAUACAUUGCCAUGCUGCAGUCUCUGGUGCUGGUAGCAAGCGGCUCCUUCUGGCUCCACUUCCCCCAUACCUCUUCCCGCAUAGAGCACUUCCUGGCCAUCUUGGCAAAGUGCUGCGAGUCACCCUGGACAUCUCAGGCCUUGUCUCAUGCUGCCCAGCAGGAGAGCAUCCAUGACAAGGAGAUGGUGGAGGAGAAGCAACUACCCCAAGCACCUCCAUCUUCCAGUUCAUCUUCACCCCCAGUUUCCCUCACAAGACAAACAAGCAUAGACUCUGGCACAGACAGCCCACUUUUCAAGAGGUCCAAUGGUGUGUCCCUUGCCCACCCUCCCUCCCCGUGUCCUUCCACACUCUCCUGUAACUCCACCAUGUCGUCUAUAUCCCUUGAGUCCCAGGGGCACUAUCCUUCCUCCAAGCCCUCGAUCAUGGUUGACAGCCCCAGGCAGGUAAUCAGUCUGGAUAAAAGCGAUGGAGAACAGGCCAGAGCGUUGUUCGAAAGGGUUAGGAAAUUUCGGUCCCACUGCGAAAACUCAGAUGUCAUCUAUAAGGUCUACUUGGCUCAGACUGUAUUCAAAUUGCUCCUGGUGACGGUGAUCUUGAGUUACACCAUCCCUCUUCUCAGCUCCCUCUCCUUCACUCACACCUGUCACCCUGAGGAGCAGGCCCUGGUUGGCUACACUACCUUUGAGUGUAUCCAUGUGCUUUCCUCUCUUCUACGCAAACUGCUGGUGGCGUACCUGACCCUACUGGGGCUGUAUGGACUGCUGAACUUUUACACCCUCAGUUGGAUUUUACAUAGCUCUUUACGGCAGUAUUCCUUCCACUCACUGAAGGAACUGUGCUCCCUGAGAGAUGUUCCUGACCUGAGAAAUGACCUGGCCUUUCUUUUACACAUGUUAGACCAGUAUGACCCUUUGCUGGCCCAGCGUCUGUCCGUGUUUUUGUCCCCGGUCAGUGAGAGCAGACUGCUGGAGGAAAGCUUGGAGAGGCGCUGGGGCGAGGAGAAGCUGCGUGCCAUGACUAGUGUGGAUGCAGAAGGCUGCUCCAGACUGCAGCUGGUGGCCCUGCCGCGCCUCCCCCCGGCCCUCUACACCCUCAGCCAGCUCCAGGUCCUCAAACUGGAGCUCAUCACUGAUGCAAGGUUUACUGCACAGGUGGCCAACAUGACCUCACUCAGGGAGCUCCACCUCUAUCACUGCACAGCAGCAGUGGAUCCCAGUGCACUUGGAGUCCUCCAGGAACGUCUGGAGGUCCUCCACCUCACCUUUACUCAAGCGUCAGAGAUCCCCAGCUGGGUCCUCUCCCUCCGCAGCCUGCAUGAGCUCCACCUCUCUGGCCGCCUGUGCAGUGAGGGUGGGGUGGGCCGUAGCUGGGCCCUGGGGAGCCUCCGCCAGUUACGUCACCUCCGCGUGCUGGUGAUUCGAGGCAUGUUACAGCGGAUCCCUGGGGAGCUGUGUGAGGUGGCAGGCAGCUUGGUGAGGCUGGAGAUCUUCAACGAGGGCACCAGACUGCUUGUGUUGACAGGAUUGAAGAGGAUGGUUGACCUGACGGAGCUGCUGCUGCAGGACUGCCGGCUGGAGCGUUUGCCCUCUGCCCUGCUGGCUCUCACCAACCUGCGGACACUCGACCUGCAGCAUAAUAACUUGAGAACUCUGGAGGAGCUGCUCAGCCUGGCUCAUCUGCGACGUCUUUCUUGCCUCAGACUCGCCUAUAACCGUGUUCUGGCACUGCCGGCCAGUGUUGGUGUGCUGCGAGGUCUGGAGUUACUAGAUCUAUCCAACAACCAGCUUCAGACCCUCCCCCCUGCACUCUUCACUCUUCGCCGCCUUCGCAGGCUCCUGCUGGCUGGUAACCUCCUUGAGGUGCUGCCUGUGGAGGUAAAGGGUCUGCAGCUGCUAACAGAGCUGGAUCUCAGUGGGAACAGGGUAGAGAGCCUUCCACCUCAGCUCUUCAGCGGCUGUUUGGAGCUGCGCAUCCUGAAUGUGGCUCACAACUCUCUGAGCUCAUUACCUAGCGGGAUUGCCGCUUUGAGUCAGUUGUGCAGGUUGGACUUGCGCAGUAACAGUCUGGAGGAACUACCUGCUGAAUUGGGCUGCUGCUCUGGGCUGCACGGAGGUGGUCUCCUGGUGGAGGACUGGCUGUUUCUUUCUUUGCCUCUUCAGGUCAGGGACUUCCUGAGCCGUUCAUGCCCCUCCUCUGGUGCAUACUCAGAGGGUCAUUCCCGUCCAGAGUCCGACAGUUUCCCAUACUUCUCUCCUACACAGUGGAGCUUCUCUUCUGCUCUGGAAUCACAGAUAUAAGGGCAGUUUCCACUACCGGGCCAUACCCGGAAUGAGGCGGGUCUCACCGAGACACCCCUAAUUUGAAUAUGAGCAUUCCGGAGCUGGCUUUUGUCGGGACUUUUUUUGUCCCUGUAGAAGAGCAGGGUCUUUUUUCUCCCCUAAAAACAGCCUGGUUACUGAUUGGAUAGAUCGCUAAGAGGGAUGUGACGUAGUACUCUACAUGACAACAACACGCGUCAUUUGUAAAAGCCGGCAAAGCAGUGUUCCCAACUUAGCGACUUGGUUGCAAAAUUUAGCGACUUUUAGACCCCCUUAGCGACUAUUUUUCAAGAAAGCGACUGGAGACAAAUCCAGCGACUCCUUCUUACUCUUCUUAAGGAGCCGCUAACGAGCCGGAGGCCGGUUUGUUCAGAAGAACCGUCGUUAGCUGCAGUUAGGUCUGCAGCAGUACAGUGUGUAUGUGCUGCUGAUACAGGAGGUGUUCACUUAGCGAUCUCUGUUUGUUUACAACAAGCACCACACACUCUGUGCACAGUUAGCGAUGUCGUUGAUUCACGAUCACUAUGUUUAUGAUCAGCGGAGACUCUGUGCAUAAUUAGCCAUGCUGCUUUCAGCUGCUGACGUUGUGCGCAGUUAACAAUCGUUGAAAACCAUACGUCACCUCCAGAGUCUCUAAAUCCCUCUGGGGGCUAACUUGUAGUGGACACACGCAGAGUGAGCGGACUUUUGAGAGGGUGUGGCCCGAGACUUUCCUGGUGGACACUUUUUCCCCCUAGUCGAAACACGGCUAUAGGUAUCCUUAGACUUAUACUAUUGUGUUAGGAAGGCCUUUUUCGGGGAUUGCCAAUGUCCCAAUGGUGAAACGGCCCAUUUUCUGAAAAUAUGUAACAAUGGCAUUGCACAGCCUUUUUGUAUACUGAUACAUUUUUAUGAUUUAGGAUUUGCUUUUGCAAUGCUUGUAGCAAAAAUAUUCAUGAGCUUGUCUUUUGGAAAUUAGUUUUCCUGGCUUUAACAAACAAUAAUGUGGCAGUUACAUUUUAGCCCCCACUUAUAACUGAACUAAAUAAGUGUCAAUCGAUGGCUUGCAGGAAGAUUAAAAAAUGCAUUCAUACAUUUGGUAAAAAUCUACUGCGUUAACUUUGCGGUUACACUGAGGAUAAAUUAGUAAAUUACUUAAAAAUAUAUAUAAUAAUUAUUAAUUGCAUUGUAAUAACUGAGCUGCAAACUACACCACCACUGUAAAUCCCAUUACUAUUUAGAAAUCCUUGUUGCACUUCCUGUAAACGUCUUGUUACUCCGAGCGUGCAGAAAUGUGCUGACCACUGCUCCUUAGCUUGGUGUGUUCACAAAGGUAGUAUUUUUUGCAGGUCUCUCAUUGAAAAUCUAAAAUGAAGCAAAUGUUUAUA